AUGACUAAAGGCCAAGGCUCUUUCUCAGCCCCUCCGCAAGUCGUCACUUUUGAUGGCCUCCUUUCAGACUUCGACGGAACUAUCGUCGACUCGACGGAUGCGAUUGUGAAGCACUGGCACAAGGUCGGCGAGGAGCUAGGAGUUGACCCUAAGGUUAUCUUGGCCACGUCCCAUGGACGUCGGAGCAUUGAUACGCUGCAGCUGUACGACCCGAAGCGGGCGAAUUGGGAGUAUGUCAGCUCUAUCGAAGGCCGCAUCCCCAAAGAAUAUGGCUCCGAUGCCGUUGAAAUCCCCGGCGCUAGAUACCUCCUUUCGCAGCUCGACGACGCCGGUGCCUGCUGGGGUGUCGUCACCUCCGGUACGCGUGCACUCAUCGAUGGUUGGCUAGGUGUCAUGAACCUCACGCACCCAAAAAUGCUUGUUGUUGCAGAGGAUGUCGAGCAGGGCAAGCCCGACCCGCGGUGCUAUCUGCUUGGCCGUCAGCGCCUCGGCCUGGAACAUUCGUCAUCGCUAGUCGUGCUUGAGGAUGCGCCCUCGGGCAUUAAGGCAGGCAAGGCUGCGGGAUUCAAGGUGAUCGCACUGACGACGACCCACUCACUGGCGCAGCUUCAAGAGGCUGGCGCAGACUGGAUUGUGGAAGACUUGAGAAGUCUUUCGGUCAAGGGUGUGGUUGACGGACGCAUUCAGUUGGAGAUUCGGGAUGCAUAUCAAUAA